CUUGAAGUAGUAGAAGUUACGAAUUUCAAAGAAUUCUAAUAUUAUUUACUAAACAUGGAAAGUAAACACGAAGUACCAACUGAUCAAGCUGAUAUUUGUAUCAACAGGCGAGUGAAAUUGCUGCAUUUCAGUGACGGCGUAGAAGAAGUUAUAGAACAACAAAAUGUUAGCGAAUUAGAUGCUGCACCCAAGCAUGAAGAAACCGUUGAUCCGAAAUCCCUGGACUGGGGUCCAUGGUUCUCUCACUAUGCCUGGAAAUCCGGCACCAAAGUCCUCAAUGCUGUAGAUUACGCUGGUGAGUCAUUGGCCAACUUCUUCGGUAUCACCACACCUAAGUACCAGAUAGAGAUAGAUGAACACGAGAGGGUAGUCGAAGAGCAGAGGAAGAUGGAAGAGGAUUCUGUUGGUUGGGUGCCGAAGAAUGGCGGUGGGGAUGUUCCAUUGGUAUUGACGGAACCUAUAAAGGAAGUUGAGAAACCAGCGGAAGUAUAGAACAGAAAAAUGUACAUUUAAUUGUAAAGUUUGGGUGUUACAUCCAUCUCAUGAAAAUUAAGAAAUGCAUUAUGAAACACAAUUAUCUUAUUAAAUAGGGUGCAAUGUAGUGAUAAAGUUUAUGUGUUGUUUUCAAGGGUGUUUUUUAUAUCAGAUUAUUUAUUGCACAAUACAUAAAUGUCAUAAAGAUUUUAUUUAGUUAAUGAAUUAGUAAGGUUAUUUCAUAAAGAUUAAUUACUGUCAAUAUAUCUAUAUUAACCAUUUUAUAAUUGUGGUAAAGAUUUUAUUUAGUGUAAGGAUUAAUCUCACAAAUAAAAUUAAAAACAUGUUUCAUUGAAACCAUGUGGCAUUUUGAAGCAGAGGUGAUAAAUAUUUUUAUUUUUCUUCUGAUUUAUUGUGUUCUUUAAGUUUCAUAAUUUAAGAGCUUUAAUAUAAUUUACUAGUCUAGUAGUAUUAUUUAUUAUAACUUGAUAUACAUUAUUGAUUGCCUGUAAAAUUUGCAAUAUUAUAUCAAUAGUAUUAGCUUGUAAAUUAAUAACAGCAUUUUGUGCACAACUUCACAAAAAUAAGGAUUUUAAAAUCUGCAAUGAUUUAGUUUGCACUAAAAAUAUAUCGAAAUAUGGUGUAUUUUUUUAUUGUUUGUAAUAAAGUUGUAAUAUAA